GGCGAGGGGAGCGUAUAAAAGGUGUCUCUGAGUUGUAACUCAGCAGAGAGCAUCACUACGGCAAAGAUGGCAAACACCGGUGGCGUCUUCUUCCUCCUUUUUGGGAUCAGUGGACUGUUGACUGGAGCUUGGUCUUGGCCUCGAUUCAACGACAAAGCAGCAGGUGGCUGCUGUCCUAGUGGAUGGACCGUGCUGGAUGAUCACUGUUACAUCUUCCAAGGUGAACCCAGGACGUUUGCAGAUGCAGAGAGUGUUUGCAACAUUUUAGGUGGGAAUCUGGUCUCCAUCCGCAGUUACGUGGACAAUUUGUUGGUUGUCGGACUGGUGAAAGAAGGCGGAGUGGACUUUGCCUGGAUUGGACUGCAUGACGCCAUUCAGCUUGGAGAUUUUCUCUGGACUGAUGGCACAGACUUUGAUUUCAAUGGUUUUCAAUUCGGAGAGCCUGACGGCACUGGAGUCUGUGUGGAGCUUUACGCCGCUGAUGGAACUUUUUUCGAUGAGGACUGCACCGUCAAACACGCUUAUGUUUGCAUCAGAGAUCGGUUCUGUGACGGUCUCUAAUCGGCCUCCGUACUGUACCAUCACGUCUUCUUGAAUGAUGUCUUUUACUAAUCAGGAUGAAUAUUCUCAAAUAAUAUCAAAACUGUGUGGUUGUAUUUGGAUCUCUGGUUCCACUAUCAUGUUAUUUUCUUGUCCUUUUACACGGAUCAGUUGUCACAAUCACUUGGCAGUCAACAUGUUUGAAACCUCACUACUAAAUAAAGAAACAUGUCCCCAUCAAA